AUGUUUCGAUACGAUACCCACCUUCAAAAGCCACGCGACCACGCCUCACUCGAGGUCGGCAAAGGCAUGCAACGUUUCUUCGAGCCGGAGGGCUAUCACCUCUUCGGCAGUUUCAUGUCGGAACUGGACACCCUGGAGGCGACGAGCCGGGAGGGCAUCACGCAGAUUAGCCGCGCCUGCAAGGACGCCAUCGUCCGUGAACACCUCCAAAGACUGGGCGAUGCGGCACGGGAGGCUACGCUGACGGAUGUGGCCGCCUUGGAGAAACUUCAGAAGGAGUUCGACGGGGCCAUCGAACGCAGUGAUGAUAAGUUGACCACGUCCAAGGGAGAAGAACAUGACUACAGCGAGGUGGGAGGACGCACUUUUCUCAUCUACAAGGACCAUGCUGUGUCGGAUCCAUUCUGA